UGUGACUCAUUGAAAAACACGCCGCAAGUGGCGUGGUAGGUAUUCCCCACGCGGACGCAGAUCACUAAUUUUAUAUUAUCUGCGGGUAUUAAUUUCAAAUCGGUUUCGCAAUCUUUCGUAACUCCAUCGUCCAGUGAUAAUGACCAUUUAUAAUCGCAAGUCAAAAAAAUCCGACGGGGAAGAAGAUGAAACGCUUUCGAGAAAGCAGGCGCGAGAUGGCGAUCAAUCUCCGAAAAUUAAGAAAGUUAAGUCGAAUUGGUGGAAAAUUAAAAUUUUGCUCAAUUUCUUGGUACCCAGAAGAAACUUGGGACUUCAAGUAAGGGUACUACUCUGUUUUGCCAUAUUAGGCGCAGAGCGGUUAGCGAAUUUGUACGUCCCAAUCUACAGUAAACUCAUAGUCGAUUCAUUGACUCCUCAAGACGGUACUACUCGCUCACUCCGAUGGGACCUCAUUUUGAUCUACACUGCUCUGAGGAGUUGCGCAGGAAUCGGCUAUUCUGGCAUUUUCAACAGUCUGGCGUCAUUUCUAUGGUCCCCCUUGGAGCACUACGUCCGCAAACAAGUCCAGGUUUCCCUGUUUAGGCACAUCCACAGUUUGUCGCUCCGAUGGCACCUGGAGAAAAAAACCGGCGAGGUUCUACGCACCAUGGACCGAUCUGGCGACACCAUCAACAUGCUACUGUACGUCGUAUUCUUCGUAAUAGUACCGGUGGUGAGCGAUUUGCUGGUGGCCAUCAACUUUUUCUGCCAGUUAUUCAACUUCGCCGUGGGCCUGAUUAUAUUCGCAGCUAUGAUCGUCUUCGUGGGUCUGAAUAUGGUCUUCAUGGAAUGGUAUUCCAAGUUUCAAAAGAACAUCGUCGAAGAAGACAACGAGGCCAACUCCAGCAACGUCGACUCCUUGUUGAAUUUCGAAACGGUGAAGUACUACUGCGCGGAAGCGCACGAGGUAGACAAGUUUGAGCGAGCUCUCACCAAGUCUCAGGCUAGUCAAUGGAAAUCGUAUCUGGUUAUCCUGGUAGCCGAUUCGACGGAAAGUCUUAUAUUUUUCUGGAUAUUUCUCGCCGGCUGCCUGUUUGCCGCGAAUCGCGUGGUGACGCUGCCCGACCAGAUGACCGUAGGCGAUUACGUGCUAUUCACUUCUUACCUCGUGCAGCUAUCGAGGCCGUUGAGUUCGUGCAGCGGCAUCCACAGACAGAUGCAGUACGUCUGCACCAGUCUUGAUGGCAUGUUCCAACUGUUCAAUCAGGAACCGGAAGUUAUCGACGCGAUAGAGGCGGUACCCUUAGCCGCGGGUGGCGGGGAAGUCGCGUUUAAUAACGUCACUUUCGGUUACAACGAAGACAGGAUCAUCUUAAAGAACGUCAGCUUCGUGGUACCAGCCGGCAAGACUGUAGCACUGGUAGGCCCUUCAGGUAGCGGCAAGAGUACCAUCAUCAGGCUUUUGUUCCGAUUUUACGAUGUAAACGGCGGCUCAGUUCUCAUUGAUGGACAGAAUAUUAAAGGUGUAACGCAAGUCUCCUUACGUAAGAUAAUAGGGGUGGUACCUCAGGACACGGUACUAUUCAACGAGACCGUCAAGUACAACGUUAAAUACGGGCGUUUCGGCGCUAGCGACGAGGAGAUGAUUGCCGCCACUAACGCCGCGGACAUCCACGACAGAAUCAUGACGUUUCCAGAGGCGUACGGUACUAUAGUAGGCGAGAGGGGCUUGCGCUUAAGCGGAGGCGAGAAGCAGAGGGUGGCGAUCGCGAGGACAUUGCUCAAGGCUCCCGAGAUAGUACUGCUAGACGAGGCGACGAGUUCCUUGGACACCCACGCUGAAAGAAACAUCCAAGCGUCGCUGGGGAAGUUAUGCGAGCACAGGACCACCCUUAUAGUAGCUCACAGACUCUCCACUGUGAUACACGCUGACGAAAUUUUGGUGCUGAAGGACGGGGAGAUCGUGGAAAGAGGAAGGCACUCCGAACUUAUAGAGAAGGAGGGGUUUUACUGUGAUAUGUGGAAACGGCAGCUGAAUAGCGGUCUGGAUUGACAAGUAUGACUCGACGCUUUUUUUUGUACAGAAUAAAUUUAAAAAUGAAAUGUUCCAAUUAC